AUCUGAGAAGAUAAUUGGAUAAGAGAUUCAUUGUUGUGUUAGCAAAACUCUGCCCAUUGCUCCAAGGAGCUAUUAUUUAUUCAGUAGAAGAUCAGCACGCAAUAGUUGUCAAGAGAGCGUCAGCUUAUUAGGCAAGAGCUGCGUGGUUGUGGAAGAGAGUCUACCUAUAAAAUCCAGCAUCAAGGCUUCCCUGUGUGAGAGAGCCCUGCUCCAACUUCCACUUAUGUCAUCAUAGGAGAGAGGGACACCAACUGCACACAGGGACUUACAGAUCACUCACCUUUCAUGCUGUGAUUCUGUGUCUCUGGCACCAUCCAGACAACAGGACCCCCCAACCAGCAGGUCUCCCCGUGUGUUCUGUUCUAGAUCUCCUCCUCCACCAUGAAGUUCCAGGUCUUAGUGUGUACGGGCAUCCUCCUGGUGGCUCUCCUCCCCUGCCAUGAGUGCAGAGCUUUCAGCAGCAAAUCUUCUAAUGAAUACCAUCCCUUUCUACUCCGUAUGGGAGAAGAGUACUUCCUCCGCCUGGGGAACCUGCACAAGUCCCCCCUGGGAAGCAGCCGAGUCGGGGACGUCUCGUCCAGUAACCUUGUGCGGGCGGUGCAGCAGCUCCAACCUCAGCAGUGGCUCGGCCAGCAGGAUCUCCGGGCUGGCAGCAGCAUGGUGGACGGAGCCGACUCCCCCCCAUUCAGCGCUCAGGAGGAGCCCACGGAAAGAGGAAAACGUUCGGAGGAGCCCCCGAUUUCCCUGGAUCUCACUUUCCAUCUGCUCCGGGAAGUCUUGGAAAUGGCCAGAGCCGAGCAGAUAGCCCAGCAAGCUCACAGCAAUAGGAAACUGAUGGACAUCAUUGGGAAAUAAGUGCCCAGCUGUCAUCUACCAAAGAGUUUCCUCCAUCUAGCACAAACUAUACAGUAUGAUGUACCAUUGUGCUGCCCUGAUACCAUUUGUUUAUUUUUCUAUAGCUUCAGACAUAGAGGAUGCACUCAGCAACCCCUUGGGUGCCCAUGGGGCCAGCAUCACAUUGCCAAGCAAUGCCCUGCUGCUGGCCCCUGGGGCAGAGCCUGUAUCUGUUAUUCAGCAUGCACAGGGUGUAUUUGACUGCAGUAAAAAACAAACUAAAAAAAAAGGCAACAGAUGUAAUUUGUAACUUAUUUUUCUUUUACACUCUCUGGGAGGGGAGGGUCACUUUUGUAAUAUAUCUAACUAUCCAUAGGAAUACCAGUUUAAGAUUAAGCCUGGACCAAGUAGCUCAAAUAAAUCCAUUGGAUCUAAUGGGUUUCCUCUGGGAGGUGGAGAAAGUAAAAAAAAAAAACAUAACUGUAAUUUAUUUUGCAUCAAAAGUUUAUUGUAUACAUUUCCAUAAUAAAAAACAUCUUUUCAGAGCUGGCACAACAUUGGUGUGUAAACAUAACGUUUAAUAUCUAUCUAUAUUUUUAAUAAAAUCUGCAAAGCUA